AUGUGCCUUACAAUAAAAGACCAAGUUCUCGAGCGCAAAAUUAUCCGAAGAAUUAUAGGACCAAUAAAUGAAGACGAAGUUCUUAGGCAGCUUAAAACUGAGGAAAUCCUGAGAGUGCUGAAUGGGGAAGAUAUUGUAAGAUUUAUGAAGUCCCACUAGGAAUGUGAACGCCAUUACUUACCUCUGGAACAUCUCCAGCUCGGACAUCUGUCAAUAUCAUUUGUCAUUUGUGUCAGUGUUUUUUAAGGCGUAGGGUGGCUUGCGCGGGAAAAGUUCUUGCCUACGUAUGAUUUUCCAUGUUUUGCCAAGUAAAUUGGCAAUCGUGUUCUCCCCGGGCGUUUGUUAACAUUAGAAAAAAGUGUUGAUUUUUACAACAACCCUGACGGCCGCUAGCGAGGAGUGGAGCUACGCGUGUUGCUGGGUGACCGGCGUAUGCUAUAGUCACCGCGGUGCGUUGUUCACGAUCACUCAGGAAUUUUUUAUACAUGGUUUUGAACUAGAAUCUACAGUGAACAGUGUAUAAUUGCGCAAAAUAGUACAUCGAAUAAGCUAUUGAAAACUGGUCAGACACACCAACAUGCAUGUCAUGUUCUUAAAGACGCGCAACUUUGCUCUGGACGAACGCAUGAAGAGCUCGGUGCAUAAACCAGG